CAGAUGCCGACGAAGCUGCGCCGCCUGCAGUCGUGGCUGGGGAAGAUGGAUCGGCACGUACGGAAGGCCGUGGACGAGACCUUGAGCGACGAGCUGCUAAACGUGCUGCACGACUUGAUAGACGCGAUGCAACAGCGGCUGAAGGAGCGGCUGGAGGCAACGCUUGCUGCCGCCGAGGAAGGGUUGGACCGGCGUGUGCGAGACAUACUCUAUCCACAGCCGGGAGAAGAGCCUGAAGAAUGUCAGAGAGACGAGACAACGACGACGGCUCCAUCUCGCCCGACCAACCACAGAUCUACGCCAGC